AAAACCAAGCGAUCAACUUGAUCGCUUUUCUGAAUAAUUUUAGGAGAUGGAAUUCAUGAAUGACAUCUUUUCUGUCUUUUUUCUUGAAAAUUUUGUCAACCUUAAUUUAAACAGAGUAGUUGAUCGUAUUCUUGAUUAACCUCUCAAAGUUUUAAUAUCCCAGGGCGUGCGAUUGAUACAAUUAAAAAAGUUACAUUCAUCUGAUGCUCUUUCUUUUCUCUUCCCCUUUCAUUGCCCCGAACGUCAUAAUUCAUCCCUUCUCUCUCUUCCCCUUUUCUCUUUCUUUUCCAUCUAAUCCUCUUAUUAAUCUAAUUAACAUUUUAAUUUGGUCAAUUUAACGCCCCGUUUUUUUCAUUAAUUAAUAACUUUUGACCCUGGCCCCUAUAACAUUGGUUCUAUUUUUUGUUGUUGAAGAUUUUUGUCUUCUUUCUGUUGAUAUUUUUUCCAUGUCUGUACGACUCCUAGUUUUUCUUAAAUCUUCAUAUAAAAAAUCGUGAAUCGUAAUAAUUGUUUGUUGAUUAUAAGUUUCCAAGUUUUAAAUAAUUAAUAAAUGGAAUUAUAAUUAUGUCAUUCAAUAAUUUACCAGAUAAUUGUCUUUGGAAGAUCUUCGGAAAUGUUCAUGAGGCCAAAGAUUUGAUUCGAUUGUCUAAAGUUUGUUCGAGAUGGUCCGAUUUAAUUACGCCGAGAUUUAAUCAAGUAAAAUAUCUUCGUUUGAUAAAUGGCCAAAAUGAUUACAUUGAUAAGGACUCAUUGUGUAUAAAUCAUCGUACGGAUUGGAAAGAUUACAAUUUAAUGGAAUCGUUUCCGAAUCUUAAGAUUAUAGAGAUUUCGUCGCCUGAUCAUCUUACAUUUGGUAAUUUCAACAAAAAUCCAAAAAUAAAAGGACUGAUUGAUCAUUGUAUUUCUAUUGAAGAUGAUUUUAAAUUGGGAAACAUCGAAAUGUAUGCUUCAGGACGUUCUGAUCUUGAUUAUGAAAAAGUUUUUCGACCUGAUCAGCUGAAACAAGUUUACUGGCACUGUUAUGAUUUAAAUUUACCUUCAUUUAUUGAUUAUUUUCCAAAUCUAAAGCGACUUCACUUGGAGCUCUAUAAUGGUGAGAUUCAACUUGAAAUAUCUUUGAUUAAUAUUUAUAUUUUUUACGAUACAUAUAUAGAAGAAAUUCUUGAACUCGGUACAGAUUUGGUUGUCGGUUUUCAUUUCAUGGAUUUUUGUCCGUCUUUGGAAAGCGCUUUCAUUUGGGACUGGGCAGAGGAUAUUUUUGUAAAUGAAUCGAUAAAGAAUUACAAUUUAAGAGAUUUGGUAAUUGAGAAUUCUACAGAUUUUUCUUGGUCAUUACUACAAAGACUACUUUCCAAAUUUCCUAAUUUACAUCAUCUUGGGAUCAGAAAUAUUGAUGAGAUUAAUGAUAGUAAUUUAGAAGAAUUGCUAAAAUUAUUACCAAAGUUGAAAAUAUUGGACUUGAGAAAAUGUUCCAAUGUAACUGAAAAAUCAGCUGAUUUUCUGUCCAAAUAUUGUGUCAAAGAGAAUCGAUCAAUUGUAAUUUAUUACAGUUGCAAAAACGAACCCACCGAAUGGCCUGAAUCGGUGGAGACUCACGAACGGAUUUGCAAUGGAUUCGAUUUCAUGAAACAUUGUUUUUAUAAAGAUUUCAAUCAUCUUCCAUUUCUCAUUGAUGAAUAAAAAUCGAAACACAAUGUAAUAACACUCAAAAGUUCUUUUUCGCUGCUUGACAAAACACUAUGGACGAUUGGCCCGUCCGAUCAUUUGAAGAACUGUUGUAAUUGGAUAGUCCUCAAGUCCUCAUAUGCAUGAACUUUUCCAUUGUAAAUUUGUGUAUCCAUGAUGAUCACUAAAUGAGAUUUGAUUGUUAAACUGAAUGAAAGUGAUGCUGAAACCACGACAACUUUUCUGAAC